GCAAGUCUCCGAUCGAUAUUGCAGAACAUUGCAGAAUAUUGAAAAUGGCCUCGGCCGUAAUUCGACUGUUGCGUGGAUCUUUGAGAAAUAUUCCAUCUGUUGUCAGCAAUGACGCACGUAAUUUAUCUACCGUUCAUCACUUGCAACUGUUAAGGACGCGUGUCCCUUUGAUACGCGACACAAGGAACUCGACAUUUUUCGUCAGCAAAUCUGCAGACGAAUUGUGGAAAGGCGUGACAACCGUGAGUAAUGCAGGCAGGAAAAGAGGCAGAGCGAAAGGCUUGGCGAAAAAGAGAGAUUUAAACAAGGGCCAGAUUAUUGGUGUGGGAAAGAUACCGAUACAAUUUCCUGGUCUCAACACACCGGUGUUCAGAGGAAGGGAACUGGUUCAACAGCAAAAGCUGCCUGUGGAUCCUGAGAGGGAGGAAAAGCUGGUCAAGCUACGACAGAGUUAUCAAACUGGGCGGAAGCGGAUCAAGUCGUCACCACUAGAACGCGGUUGGACGAGCGCCCAUUUGGGUGGUAAAAAGAUUGGACCACCCGAUCCUAUCGGAGAAGAUACCUUUGACGGCUUUGAAACCUGGGCACUGGAGAGCAAAGUGGUAAAUUGUAUGACCGGUAAUUUAGGACGCAAGAGUACAAUGAGCUUAUUCGUCAUAACGGGAAAUGGAAAUGGUCUGGCUGGAUUUGGCCUAGGGAAAGCACCCACGCAGAAAGCAGCCAUCAAGUCGGCUAAAAAUAAGGCGGGUCAGAAAUUAAUGUAUAUCCCCAGAUACAAGGAACAUACUGUGCUACAUGACUUUUUCGCACAGUUUGGUACUACCAAGUUGUUUGUCAAGAAGAUGCACGAGGGAUACGGGCUUGUCUGUCACCGUGCGAUAAAAGCGUGUUGCCAAGCGAUUGGCAUCAAGGACAUGCAUGCCAAGGUGGAAGGUUCCACCAAUUUGCAGCAUAUAAUCAAGGCCUUCUUUAUUGGUUUGUUGCAACAGAAAUCCUAUCAACAACUAGCGGACGAGAAACAACUGCACCUGGUUGAGUUUAGGUCGGAAAACGGAAAUUAUCCGAAAGUGAUCGCUUCACCGUCGCAAGUGAGAACGUCGGACCAAGUAUCGUCCCACGAGAUCCUCGAUUUUACUCAAUACGUUUUGGGUGGCAAAGUAAUAUUGCAAAAAAAAAAGUAUCCACCAUUCUUUACUAGACUCCCACUUUGGAAGAGAAAGCUGUUGAAGCUGGAACGAUUGAGGCACUAUGACGAAACGAGGAUCAAACUAAUGGCAGAGUACGGAGCGUUGCAUAGUUUUCUAACUGACAAGUAUCCAGAGGCGAAGCUGCUUCCCAAGCCAAAGCGAAGCGAAAGCAAUCAAGCGGAAGAAUAGACGUACACAAUAUAUGUAAUGAAUAGAGAGUUAAUAAAUUGCACUUGUCACGCGCGCUCCUAAA